AUGUAUCCAACCGUAAUUUAUCGAGUUAGUUCACCUGAAACAACACCAACAUGUGUUUAUGUUGAUCAUAAUGAAUCUUCGGUAUCCAUACAACCGCCUUACAAAAUAUUAGUGACCACCAAUAAUAGAAAUGACAUUGCAAGGGCAGAUACAAAGACAAUUUAUCGUGAAUUGAAACAAAUAAAGAAUGAUAUUAGAGAAUUAAAAAAACAACAAACAUCACCAACAUUCUAUAAGAUUAAACAAGAAUAUCAAAAUGAUGUGUCUUCAAUGAGUACCCCAUUUUCAUCGAAUAAUCAGCCAAAUCUAUACUCGCAAAAUGCAAUCCACUAUUGUAAUGAAUGUGAUAGCAUUCUUGAAGAACGAGCAUAUGCCCAAAAUCCAAUAUUCAGACCAAAAACUGCUGCAACAACCUAUCGGGACAGUUACAAACGAGUAUCGUCAUCGCCACAACCUAUCGGCUACUUGUGCUAUCCCGUUUACUCAGAGCGAGCGGUAACAUUAAAGGAACUGCAAAAGCAAUUUCCAUCACUAUCACCUGCUGUUCAAAAUCGUCCACAAUGGAUACCACCCUCAGUCAAAAAUGCUUAUUCGCAGCGGCGAUAG